CCUCUGGACGGCGGUGGGCCGGUCGGUCGAGACGCCCCUCACAUCGCCAGGCGCCGCCGGCACCAGAUCACCUACCUCCCACGGGCGCUGUCAGUCCGUCCGGAUCGCAUCGGUCUGACAUUGUCCUCACGAACACUCAACUAUUGGCGGGUGUCGCCAUCUCCGAGGCUAAAAAUGGCAAAUAUCAGUGUUGUGGAUAUCUCAAAGAUUGGUCUGGACGCUGGCGAUCCGUCCGCGGAGGACCUGCUGAGUGUCGGGCGGGACAUCGUUACCGCCUUCCGGGGCAGCGGGUUCGCCUACCUCCAGGGUCACGGGGUCAGCCAGCAGCUGCAGGACAAGACGUUCGCCGACGCCAAGGGCUUCUUCCAGCUGAGCGAGCAGGAGAAGCUGCAGUACGAACGCUUCGUGAAGACGGGCUUCAACGGCUACACGCCAAUCGGAGGCGAGAACAACGCCUACGCCAAUGAGGAUGGGGCCUACCUGAUUGACUACAAAGAGUGCUACGACCUUCACGUUAAAGGGGAGGACUACCCGUCGGCGGUGUGUCCGGCUCUGGGGCCUCAGCUGGAGCUGUUUGGCUCGCACUGCUGCCGGCUGACGGAGCGGCUGCUGGCCGCGCUGGACGCCGCGCUGGGCAGCGGCCAGCUGCUGACCAGCUGCCACCGGCGCCAGCUGCAGCCGGGCGGCUGCUCCGAGAUGCGCGUGCUCUACUACCCGCCGGUGCCGGACGGCCUGCCCGAGGGCACCGUCCGCUGCGGCGAGCACACCGACUACGGCACGUUCACGCUGCUCUUCCAGGACGACAUCGGAGGCCUGGAGCUGCUGACGCCCGACCAGAAGUGGGAGCCGGCCGCGCCGGUGCCGGGCACCAUCCUGGUCAACAUCGGCGACAUGAUGGAGCUGUGGACGGCCGGCCAGCUGCGCGCCACCAAACACCGCGUGUCCGUGCCGGCCGGAGAGCGGCGCCGCGCCGCCGCCCGACAGUCGGUAGUGUUCUUCGUGGUGCCCGACGACAAGACGAUAGUGGCGCCACUCAGCGGCGACCCCAGCUACCAGCCGGUGGACGCCGGCGCCUUCCUCCGCAAACAGUUCGCCGCCACCUAUCCCAAGUUCUCCGAGAUGCGGGUCAAGUAAACUGGGGGAGAGGACUGGUUUCAUACGCUGAUGGUAGCGUAAAAGUUAACGUUUUACAUCCGUAUUUUUAGACGAUUUGCUGCUGGACUCCCCUGCCCGCGCCAUAUUCUGAAAUGAUGCUGGCUGUUCUGAAAUAAGAUGACAGUUGUUCUUGUACCGCUAUUGGUAUUGUCUACAUAGAGCUCAAAUGCAAUGCGUAUCUUUCGGUAAACGUUAUCGGUUCUUUUUGCCUCAGCCUACGUGCCUUUGCCAGUGUAUGCAAACGGCUUGUGCAUAACCAAUGACCAUGCAUUGAUAAGGACAAAUAUGCAAUAAGCGCAGCUCCAGUUGAAGGUCUAUGUUGUUGUAAACAUCACCCAAUGCAAUGUUUUCACAAUCAACCAAAUAAAGCAAUUUCAGCGUGAGGUAA